CAAAAACAAGGCCGCAGAAAAUCUUUCUUUUUCAUCUUUCGUUCCCCAUCUUUUUUAACCAAGUUAACGAGGAGCGACUACAUCUAGACGCACCUCAUAUCAUUGAAUAGAAAAGACGUUCGCGAACCAUCUAGCUUCUGUUCACAACCCACACAGAGGAUACAAGCGCUGCAGUGACCGACCCAAAAAGAACUUCUAAAAUCCUUUGAUUUCUCCAAACUUUCCAAUUUCCAAUAUGGCCCCUCCUCAUUCUAACGAAUACUCCACUGCUUCUCCUGUGUCUUCUGUGGCGGCUCCACUCUUCAAAGUGAAUGCUCCCAAUGUUCAGUACACCGACGAACACAUCUUGUCGGAAUACACCUACAAUAACACCGUCAUCAACAAGCAAGCCGAUGGCUCCAUGGUCGUUGAACCCGUCAACCAAGUCUACCAUUUCAAGACCGAACGCGCCGUUCCUCGUGUUGGUUUGAUGAUGGUUGGUUGGGGUGGCAACAACGGUACGACUUUGACUGCUUCCAUUGUGGCGCACAAGCGUAAAUUGACAUGGCGCAACAAGUCCGGCGUCCAUUCCCCUAAUUACUGGGGUUCGGUCACUCAGGCAUCGACGGUGCGUCUUGGUGUAGAUGCCAACGGCGAAGAUGUGUACAUUCCCUUGUCGCAGAUGUUGCCCUUGGUCAAUCCUACCGAUCUUGUCAUCAGCGGUUGGGAUAUCUCUGGCAAGAACCUCGCCGAAGGUAUGGAGCGUGCUCAGGUCCUCGAGUAUGAUCUCCAACGUCAAGUCUAUGACGAAUUGGCUACCAUGAAGCCUUUGCCUUCCAUUUACUACCCCGAUUUCAUCGCCGCCAAUCAAUCGGAUCGUGCGGAUAACCUUAUUGAAGGUCAAGAUAAGCGCAAGCACGUCGAACACAUCAAGAAGGAUAUUCGUGAUUUCAAGAUUGCCAACCAGUUGGACAAGGUCAUUGUUGUCUGGACCGCCAACACUGAACGUUAUGCCGAAAUCAUUGAAGGCGUCAACGACACUGCUGAGAACUUCCUCAAGGCCGUUGAAUCUUCCCACGAUGAAGUUGCUCCUUCCUCCAUCUUUGCUUUGGCUUGUAUCGAAGAAAACGUGCCUUUCAUCAACGGUUCCCCCCAGAACACUUUUGUUCCCGGUCUUUUGCAACUCGCAGAACAACACCGUGCCUUCAUCGGUGGUGAUGACUUCAAGUCCGGUCAGACCAAGUUCAAGUCGGCUAUUGUUGACUUCCUCGUCAACGCCGGUAUCAAGCCUGUGGCCAUCACUUCUUACAACCAUUUGGGUAACAAUGAUGGUAAGAACUUGUCGUCUCACAAGCAGUUCCGAAGCAAGGAAAUCUCCAAAUCCACCGUGGUCGAUGACAUGGUGGCUGCCAACCACGUGCUGUACCAAAAGGACGAACAUCCCGAUCACACCGUCGUUAUCAAGUAUGUUCCUUCCGUGGGUGACUCCAAGCGUGCUUUGGAUGAAUAUGAGUGCGAUAUUUUCAUGGGGGGUCGCCAAUCGAUUUCUGUCUACAACAUUUGUGAAGACUCCUUGUUGGCUUCUCCUUUGAUCAUCGAUCUCGUCGUCAUGGCCGAAUUGAUGACCCGUAUCCAGUACAAGACCGGUGAAAUGACCAAGUUCAGCACCUUCCACAGUGUCAUGUCCAUUUUGAGCUAUAUGCUCAAAGCUCCUAUGGUGUCUCCUAACACCCCUGUGGUGAACGCUUUGGGUAGACAGCGCACUGCUAUUGAAAACAUCUUCAGAGCUUGUGUUGGUUUGGCUCCCAACAACGAAAUGGGCUUGGAACACAAGAUCUGGAAGCAGUAAAUCUACCUGAGCUCAUGAUCUGACGGAUGUUGAUUAUCAACCCUCAUUUGAUCAGUAAUAAAACAUGAUUUUCUCUGUUUUGUCCUCAAC